CUUGCUUUAUUUGAUUUUGAUUGGCAUAUAAAAUAAUGGGUAGAGUGUUGAUUUCAUCUUCAAUUAUGAGGGUCUAAUUAUCCAUAUUUAGACCAAUUAAAAGAAGCUAGCAUUUUCUCAAGUUAAAAGUGCUCAUUCAUGCAUGGCUAAGCACGUAUGCUUAUUGCUUUGCUCAAUAAUCCUAAAUAUUGUGUUUAGUGGUUUAUACUUGAAUGUAAAGUGGGGUGAAGUAAGUAGUCUAAGUACUCAGCUAAGUUGGUCACGAGAGGCGGCAAUUGAGGCGGAGGAAGUGGCGGCUAUAUCGUGUUCCGGACAUGGAAGGGCGUUCUUAGAUGGCCUGGUUGUUGAUGGAAAACCAGUGUGCGAGUGCUACAGUUGUUACACUGCCCCUGAUUGCUCUCUUCUUUCUUUGCCAUGCGUUGCAGAUGUUGAUGAUGGGAAUCCUAUGUAUAUGGAGCCUUACUGGAUGAGUAAAAAGGAAAGCAGUGGAGUGUUGGUAUCAGGAUGGCAUCGAAUGGGAUAUACAUACAUACCGGUCGACGACGACGGUCGGAAGCUAUCAACGGAGCUAGAGAAGUACAUUCGCAAAGUGCAUGAGUUGGUUGGAAAUGCAGAAACUGAAGGAAGGCAUGUUGUAUUUGGGACUGGCUCUACUCAACUACUUAAUGCUGCUGUGAAUGCUCUUUCCUCUAACUCCUCUAGUCCUGCAUUUGUGGUUGCUUCCAUCCCUUUUUACCCGGUAUAUAAAUCCCAAACUGAGUUGUUUCAAUCUCGUGCAUACGAGUUUAAAGGUGACACAUCCUUAUGGAAGAACAAAACAAGCAAUGAAAAUGUUACAUUUAUAGAAUUUGUGACAUCCCCAAACAAUCCAGGUGGUCAAUUUAAAGAGAGUGUUCUUACAGGACCCUCAGUUAAGACUAUUCAUGAUCGUGUCUAUUAUUGGCCUCAUUACACUGCUAUUACAACCCCAGCUGCUGAAGAUCUCAUGCUAUUCUCCAUCUCCAAGCUAACUGGUCAUGCUGGCAGCAGAUUCGGGUGGGCAUUGGUGAAGGACGAGGUUGUACAUCAAAAAAUGGAUAGUUAUGUGAUGCAUAAUACGAUAGGUGUGUCUCAUGAUACUAAAUUGCGAGUAUUGAAGCUAUUGAAAGCUAUCGUUGAUGAAGGUGGAAGAGAAAUAUUCGAAUCUGGACACAAAAUAAUGAAGGAAAGAUGGGAAGGACUAACCACAAUCUUGUCUUAUUCAUCGCGCUUCUCCCUCCAACACAUACCUCCUCAAUUCUGCUCUUUCUAUCAACGAGUUAGAGAACCUUCCCCAGCAUAUGCAUGGUUGAAAUGCGAGAGAGAAGAAGAUGAAGAUUGUUAUCAAGUACUAAAAGAAGCUGGAAUCCUCGGUCGUAGGGGUCGAUUAUUCGAAGCUGAAGAUCGCUAUGUACGGCUUAGCCUGCUAAAAAGCCAAGAAGAUUUCGACUCUUUUGUACAACUUAGAAAUAUUGGUUUCUGCUGAAUUUGAGAAUCAUUCCAAAUACCGUAUGAGAUUCUUAUAAUCAAUUGGUUUGCUACAUGUCAUUGGAAGAACUACUUUGGCUCACGACAUAUGAUAAAUUAGUAUACAAAAGUUACAACGUA